UAAACAAACGGGGGGGGGGGGCUUUUAUGGAUGCAGUAGAAGUAACCACGUUUCACGGCACUUCUGAGUAGCUUUUCCACAACCAAUAUUUCCCAUUUCGUAAAACAAAAACAAAAAAAGUUGAUAAAUCAUUAGAAGAGAGAGGUCCUCCAAUGGCAUCUAAAGCAAUAGAAUGUUCUUUAUUUUUCAAAUACUGCUGAUUUUAAAACAAGAUCCAGGACUAAGAUCAGUGGGUCUCAAGUGAUGACAGCAUAUGUAGGGGUCUAGCAUUUGAUGUUCUGGCUUCUCAGCUGCCUUGGAGCUUGAAUCUGUUCUCGCUGUGGUCAAUGGCGAUAGAAGUGAACCCUUAGUGUGUGGAGAAGUUUGAGCAGGAGUUUGUCUUUUGUCUUGAAGUGAUGCUCUUCUAUUUGCAGCUGUAGAAAGGGUAACCUGAACUCUUCUGGGAUAUAUGUGAAACUAAUGUUUACAACCAGCUUUUGAAUUGUCAGACUUCUGUAAAUGGCUCUACUGCUGAAUCUCAUAAGGCAACUGCUAGAAUACUUUGGUGUACCAGCUGAUCAGUUCAUAACAAGGUGGGAAGCUCAUAUAGACCAUAGCAGUGUUGGCCGUAUGAUUGAAACAUGUCUUCCUUCAACCCCCUUCUCAAGAAGGCACUUUCUUCAGGUAUAUGCUCUCAUAAGGAAAUGUCAGGUGAAGAUUAUAUCAGCUUGGCAAAGUAAGGAAUAUGGAUCUACUCGAAGCAUUGUUCGUAGAGUUGGGACAGUUCUUUCUUUAGAACCUUGUCCAAGACCUCACUUUCAGAUGGUCCAAGACCUGAGUUCUUUGGAUUAUGAUGAACAAAGUACAACUCCAAGCUCUGUAGUUCCAUCUCUUGGUGAUAUUCUGAGGGUGGUAAAUGAUGAGGGAGAAACUUUUGCUAGAUUUAGGGCUGAAUCAAGGGGAAAGGAAAUAAUUACAGUUGAUCAUGAUGUAUCUCCAGCUAUAGUUUCCUUGCCAACUGUUCUAAAAAGUAGAGCAGAAAAAGAAAAUCUUGUGAAUGAAGAAGCAAUUAAAAAAAUUUCUGCACUUGAAAAUGAGUUAACUCUUCUUCGUGCCCAAAUUGCUGCAAUUGUUGCAGUGCAAGGAUCAAGAAAUAGUAAUCAAUCAGGUUCAGAUGUCUUGAAUUCAUUUGGCAUUCCAAGUGGUUCUUUCCCAGUGCCAGCAAUGACUUCUACUCCAUUGUUCACCGCAUCAGAUCACUUUGUAAUUCCUCCACCUCCCCCACUUCCCUCCAUAGCACCAUCUGGCUUUGAUGCCAGUAAUUCAGCAAUUGAACUUAUUAAACAACGUCGUACUGCAAGUAAGACCAACUCAACAACUAUUGACAAAGGUGAACACCAGAAGACCCAGGGUGUUCUUAGUAUGAUGGAUGUUUUGAAGGAUAUAAACAAAAUUCGACUGCGAACUAUUGAGAAGUCACCUGGCGGUACACCUUUCCCUAAGACAAGAAAAAGGCAGAGUUCACAGUGGGAUCCAGCAGCUCUAAUAGCUCAGGCUCUAAAACAGAAAUUUGCACAUCAAAAUGGCAAUGAUUCAUUGGACAAAGAAAACAGAUCUUGUGACACCUCCCCAUUUUCCAGUCCAGAAGCCCCUCUGGUUGGCCGUCCCAUUUUGAAGCCAAACUCAAAGAACAACCUUAUAAAAACUGAGGAAGUAACACAGGUAUCAACAGGGAAAGCAAGGGUACACAUUUAACUGGUGGUACCAUGUGGAAAAACCCAACAACUUGCAUGCUUAUGAGUGGCAGGACCACUUCUGGAAUAAUUUCAUAAAAUGUGUACACUGGGAUAUGCUACUCCCAUGCCCUAGGAGCUAUGGUUUAUAAAACUACCUCUUUUGAUUUGAGUGUUUCAACAGCCAAGCUUGUCAGUGUGUUGUCUGCUUAUAAAAAAUACUUGAUUGGCAUUUAUUACUUUAUAGCUUCAGACAUUCUUGUCUGAAGCUAAGUUUUUAGAUACUCUGAAUGGGAAGCAGAUCAUAUAAAAAAGACUGCAUGUGUCUCAGUGUGGAGGCUGAAGUAUACAUGGGAGUGUGGAAACAAAAUAUUAACAGCUCAGGAAAUUAAGUUUUAAGUCAAGCAGGUGUAUACUAUGUAAUCAAUAUUAAUAGUCCCUCAUUGAGAGGGUAGAAUGUCUCCCUGACCUUCAUUAUAGCUUCCUAAAGCAACUUACUAUUCCAUGUUCAAACAAUCUCUUAACUUAUUCUGGAUCAACAGAGAAGGCCUGCUUACUAUGUAGUGAUGGUACUUGCCUUGUUUUAAUUAAGUCAGAUAUGAGCUGUGUGUUAAUUGCCUGCAAUGAGAAAAAUUUGUGUUCUGUGGUAAAAAAGGCUCUGGAGAGACUUCUGCUUGCACGAGCAUAAUCUAAAUUCAUUAUGGAAAUAAACGUUCAUUGACUAUGGUGUCUUUCCCCUUUGCUUUCAUAUUUUAGAUCAACAUUUUGUUGUUUUGUACAUAGUUUAUAAAAUAAAUUUCCCUUUUAUGUCA